UUCAAAGCUAAAAGCGAGAGAAUGAACUUUAAUACCUAUGCCUUUAAUACCUCGGUUCUACGAGCUCGAAGCUUGUCCAAUCCUUUAUCUUAAAGACUCGAUAACUUUAUUAACAUAAGUAGAUAAACAAACAAAAAAGAAAGCAAAGUCCAAUCCAGAUUAUGAUCCAGCCAUUUGAUACGACGAAAUGAUUGAACAAUAUCGGAUAUAGGAAGAAAAGAGAAAGCUAAUGAUUAGAUAUUAAUUAGGAUGGCAAUAAUGUAUAGAUCCUUUGUAAAAAUGAAGGCGAGAAAGUCCGAAGGAUUGAUUGGGUCAUCCCCGCGGCAACCAAUGGACAAACACAAAUAAGGGAAGGGAAACACUGAACACUGCUCGUUCAGUUGGAAAACUAGCUUUGUUCGGGAAGCGAGCGAUAUCCUCGCGUCGCCGAAAAUCAAGCCAUAACUUUCUCGAAGUUAGGCCUCGGUAAAGAAAUGUCGAAGGGAAAAGUUUGAAGGAGUAAAUUAUCGACUCAUUUCUCGACCAUGAACUUUGCAUUUCCUAUUUGUCUCGUUUCAAUCGUUAUUUGCAUUAUUUUGCCAAAGUCCCCAGUCGUCGUCGUCGUCRAUGGUCAAGAAAUAGAAGAUCGAAAGAAAAAGGAGCCUACGACGAAUUCCAGGCCGGUCAAUAUUUUUGUAAUCAACGACGAGAGCAACGAGAUAGCUAACGCAAGCAUAGAGGUAGCCCUAAAAACGCUUCGGGAUAAAUACCAUGGGCAUUUAGGACAAGUUUAUUCAGUCCAAACAAACGGAUCCGAUCCCCAAGAAUCUCUCCAUCGAAUAUGCAAUGCUUGGGAAAAAGCCAUCAGCAAAGGUGCAGACACUGUGCCGGACUUUGUUUUAUCAACGGCAAUCGCCGGUUGGAGCGUCGAAGCGUCCAACUCGUUUUCCAGUGCACUCGGUUUGCCAACCUUAUCCGCUCAAUUUGGCCAAGAAGAAGAUUUACGAUAUUGGAAUAAUUUGGACAAUGAAAAGAGUUCUUAUCUCGUUCAGGUAAUGCCACCUGCCGAUUUGUUGCCAGAGAUGAUCAGACGAUUGGCCAUUUACCUUAAGGUCACCAACGCAGCUAUACUCUUUGAUCGUAACUUUGAUAUGAGCUACAAAUACAACAGUCUAUUGCUGAAUGUACCUACGAGACACGUAAUUAACAACAUUGCUCAAAAUGUCAAAGAUAUGAAGGAACAACUUUCGCGUCUACGUGAUUUGGACGUUGUUAAUUAUUUCAUUUUGGGAGACGAAAAAACUAUUCAUAUGGUUCUUCAAACCGCGGAGGUUUUAAAUUUUAUCGGUCACAAGUAUGGUUGGUUCGUUUUCACUUUGGAUAAAGAUAUUUGGCCAAACUGCAGUUGCAAGAAUAUCACUCUCCUCUUCAUGAAACCAGAAUGGAAAGAGACAGAGAGUAACAAGGGUUUCGACAAAUCUCUCCAAGCUAUUCUACCUAGUCCCUUUUUAUCGUCUGCUUUUUAUUACGAUUUGACUUUACUCGGAGUUGAAAGUAUGAAAUUCGCGAUAGAACAAGAAGAUUGGCCACUCGAACCCUUUCACAUUAGUUGCGACGAUUACAACGGUAACAAUACACCUAGCAGGAAUUUUGAUUUUCUCGAGAAACUUCGGAUUACGUCGAAAAAUUUAACGCCAAGUUAUGCUGCUUUCCAAUGGGGCGAAAAGAAUGGACAACACGGUGCCGAUUUUAGUAUGUCUAUUAAUUUGGUCUACAUCGAGAAAGAGACGAUAGUUUCCACCGAGAAUACCGGCAGUUGGUCUGCUGGAAUAAACACGCCACUGGAGGUGAGCAACAACAUUAUCGUAAACAAUACUGCAGUGACGAGCUACAGAAUCGUUACGGUGAUCCAUCCACCGUUUGUUAUGUACAAAAAUGAAACUGGCGAAUGGUAUGGUUUUUGCAUUGAUUUGCUUAACGAAAUACGACAAACCGUUGAGUUCGAAUACGACAUACGAGCGAUAGAUAAUUACGGUGAGAUGAGCGAGAAUGGUAGUUGGAACGGUAUGAUAAAAGAGUUAAUAGAGAAACGAGCUGAUAUCGCCCUCGGUACUCUUUGGGUUAUGGCGGAAAGAGAAAAAGUCGUUGACUUUACUGUCCCUUAUUACGACCUCGUUGGUUUAACGAUAAUGAUGUUAAAACCAAAAACUCAAACGUCCCUGUUUAAGUUCCUCACUGUCCUCGAAAACGAAGUUUGGUUUUGCAUACUCGCUGCUUAUUUUUUUACGAGCUUCCUCAUGUGGGUAUUUGACCGUUGGUCACCAUAUAGUUAUCAAAACAAUCGUGAAAAGUACAAGGACGACGAGGAGAAGAGAGAGUUCAAUUUAAAGGAAUGUCUUUGGUUUUGUAUGACCUCCUUGACACCCCAGGGUGGUGGUGAGGCACCAAAAAAUCUUUCAGGACGUCUCGUUGCUGCUACUUGGUGGCUUUUUGGAUUCAUCAUAAUCGCUUCUUAUACGGCUAAUCUUGCUGCUUUUCUCACCGUUUCUAGACUCGAUACGCCGAUCGAAUCUUUGGACGAUCUUAGCAAACAGUACAAGAUUCAGUACGCUCCUGUUAGAAAUUCUGCGGCUUAUAUUUAUUUUGAAAGGAUGGCUCACAUCGAGGCAAAAUUUUACGAGAUAUGGAAGGAUAUGAGCUUAAAUGAUAGCUUGACGGAAGUCGAAAGGGCUAAAUUAGCCGUAUGGGAAUAUCCUGUCAGCGAUAAAUACACGAAAAUGUUUCAGGCUAUGAAAGAAGCUAAUUUUCCAGCUACCGUGGACGAAGCAAUUAGGCGAGUUCUUCGUCUUGAUUCGAAUAACGAAUUUGCUUAUAUCGCAGAUGCAUCCACAAUUAAAUAUCUCGCCAUGACAAAUUGUGAUGUUACCCAAGUGGGAGAAGAAUUUUCAAGGAAGCCUUAUGCCAUUGCAGUGCAACAAGGUUCACCGUUGAAAGAUCAAUUUAAUAAUGCCAUUCUAAUUUUAUUAAAUAAAAGAAAAUUGGAGAAAUUAAAGGAUAAAUGGUGGAAACAUAAUCCCGAAAGGAAAGACUGCGGAAAGGAAGAUGAGCAAAGCGAUGGUAUUAGCAUUCACAACAUCGGUGGUGUCUUCGUAGUGAUUUUCGUAGGGAUCGCUUUCGCUUGUAUAACCUUAGCUUUCGAAUAUUGGUGGUAUCGUUACCGACCAAAAGUCGCUAGAGCUUUCAAGCAAACCGUCUCAUCUCCAAACGGCAAAACUGCCAAAGUCGUAAGACCAAUAAGAUUUAAUUUACAGCCGGCACCUACUCACGGCUUUCAAGCCUCUCGAUUUAAAUCGAGGUUUUGAAUUUUCUCUCUUUUACAAAGAUACAUUCCGAUAAAGUUAUGCAGGCUCGUGCACGUUUUUUUCUUUAAAAAAAAAAAACUUCCCUUCAGAAAAGCUCGCCUAUUAACUUUCAUAUGAUAGUACAUUAUCUGUACCUAAUCACAUCUAAUAUGAUAAGUCAAAAUACAACUGUUAUACUGUGUAUAGAACAUUAUCUUUCUCAAUAUAAAUAAACUAUUUAUUCUUUUUAUUGAAUUUGCAUAAAUAUUUGCGGAAUGUUUCUUUUUGUUAUCGCGUCUCCCGACGAUUCAAUUUUCAAGAUGUAUCUUUAAUGUAAGUUGGAAGCCUUAUUCAUUUCAGAAAGGACUAAACCUAAAAAAAGGAAAAACAAGAAGAUAAAGAAAAAGAUAAAGAUAAAAGAAAAUUUAUU